GGCGACCACGUGAGCAAAUCAUAGCAAAACAUGCACACGUGAGAGCUGCAUGGUGAGAAAUACGCAUAUAUUUCAAAUAGACAUUAUUGUAGACGUGAAGGAAGACUUUGGGCGUGCAGUAUGGGUGAACCGGGACUCUAUCCUUCGCCGGACUUCGGCUGUCCCCCUCCUAACUCCAUUCAGCAGCAGCAGCCCCGCUCCAGCAACUUCCAUCCCAGUAUGUGGAGCUGGAGCGAGACUCCCACCGAGCCCACCUGGGACUACAGCGGCCAGGCGGGGUGGCAUCACGGGGCAGCGUCUGGGUCUGGAUUCCCAUCAGGACGUGGAAACUAUGGACAUAAACGUCCAUACGGUCAAACUUAUGGUCGUGACUGGGGUCAAGGUGGACAUCAAGGUGGAAGACACACUUAUGGAGGCCCCAACAAUCAUGGCAAAAAGCAGAAGAAUAAGAAAGAACCAGAGUUUUCCCAUUUUUGUGACACCUGUGACCGGGGUUUCAAAAACCAGGAAAAGUAUGAUGAACAUAUUUCUCAACAUGUCAAGUGUUCUGUGCCUGACUGCAGCUUCAUGGCUCAUGAAAAAAUAGUCAGCAUCCACUGGAAAAAUAACCAUGCACCAGGAGCGAAGAGGAUCAAGCUGGACACACCAGAGGAGAUCGCAAAAUGGAGAGAGGAGAGGCGCAGAAACUAUCCAACACUUAAGAAUAUCGACAAGAAGAAAAAGGUGAUGGAGGCGCGGGAGGAGACGGGAGCUGUUCUAGAGACAGCUCAGUUUGGACGGAUGAGAGGAAGAGGCCGAGGAGGAUGGGGUCGAGGUCGGGGUAACAGAGGCUUCCAUGGACGACACCAUCGGGGCCCUCGUCCAUCAGACAACAGUGGUACAGAGAGAGCUCCAUCCCUGACCCAGACCCCCAAAGACAGGGAUCCACUGGGAGCGCUGGCCAGCAGUGACCAUGAUUCGGACCGAGAGGAUCUCGCUCCAGAGUCCAGGACUGGCGGUCUGGUUGUGGCUCCGAAACAGAUGAGCUCGGCGCUGGGCUCCCUGCUGGCCAACUACGGCUCCAUGAGCGAAAGUGAUGAGGAACCAGAGUCCACUCCUAUUCAGAGAGCCAAAGACCUUGUGCAAGAAAACCAGGCUCUCCUAAGCACAAUACCAACAAACUCUCAGGACAGAGGAGCAUCUACAGCCUCGACCACCUCCUCACAGGUCAAAGAGGCUCAAAAAGACGCCCACCCUAACUGUGCCCUCCACACACCUAAUAACAGAAGAGGACGAGGGGGAAGAGGAAGAGGAGGACGGGGUGGCAGAGGAGGACACCAUGAUACACCGCAGACUCGUCGUCCUACUCUACUUGAAAUGUUACUGGCCCCAGAUAUCCGCCAUGAGAGGAACGUCCUCUUGCAAUGUGUGCGCUUUAUUGUCCGAAACAACUUCUUUGGCCUGGAGAACCAGCAGGGGACAAAGGACAAGGUCUCACCAGCUAUGUCAAAUGGAGCGCAUGAAGGGAGGCAGGUGAAGCCAUUAGAGGAAGCCAAGCAUGCGCCUUGUUCUUCCUUUCAGGUUAAUGGAGAGAAAAGUUCAGCAGAAGUUAUUAAUCAGGAGGAUUUAGAAACAAGUAAAGCAGUUGUCAAUGACCAGCACUUGCGUUCAUGCUCAGAACCCUCCACAGACCCUCCUGUGGACUCAGGCGCAGGGGAUUUCAGCCAAAAUGCAGAAGAGACAACUGUGAAAGACUGCCUCAAUUUGAUGGGCACAGAUAAAAUCAGAUCUACCUCUAAUAUUUAUGAUGAUGAAAUAUGGGAGAGCCCUGAUGCUGUUAUGUGAAGUAGCACAUUACUAAAAUCGAUUGAUCUUAUUUUUUUCUUAAGCAUAAAAGUGAGACAGAGUCUCUCUCCUUGAAAUUGAUAUUUUUCAAGGACUUUAUUAUUUUUUAUGUGAUGUGAUGUUAGUUUGACUAACAACAUCCAGUUAUAUUUUUGUAU